AUGGUGUUUCUGCUCUACGACUUGUGCGUCACACCCGUGGCCAUCGCCUGGGACUUCCCCAUGAAGGGCUGGCUUCUGUAUUGCACGACCUUUGUCGCAACCUUCUGGACCGUGGACAUAGUGGUCACAAUGCGGACAGGCUUUUACCAACAAGGGACUCUCGUGGUGAAGCCUGGGCUCAUCUUGAAGCGGUACUUUCGCACCACCAUGCUGCCGGACUUGCUCAUCGUCCUGGUUGACUGGCUUACGGUGUUUGCCAACGCCAUCUUCCCAGAGGAGCAGUCUGACAAUCCGGAGUUGAUUGGUGCAAAGCUGGUGCGCUUCUCCAAAGCUACCCGGGUUGUUCGCAUCAUAAGCGUCACUCGGGUGGUCCGCAUCCUGGAGUACCUGGAGCAUAUUGGCGAUCGACUUCAUGGCGGGUCUUCCUUGAAGUAUGUGGGUGACAUGGCGCGAUUGAUCGUUAUCAUUAUUUGGAUCAACCACGUGAUGAGCUGCACGUGGUUCUACGUCGGCCGCGUCACAGAGGGAGACACAGGUACUAGCUGGCUCAUGGACCCUAUCAGGGAUGAGAACAGCCCCCUGUACUCGGAAGCUUUGCCGCUUUUCCAGUACACCACAGCCUUUCACUGGGCAAUCACGCAGAUGACGCCAGGGUCAAUGCAGGCAAGGUUGGCACUCGCCAUCACGGAAGGGGGUUCCAUGCGCGUUGUUCAAGCACUCUCUUCAAGGCAAUGUGUUGCUUUGCGCCUUUCCUGGAAGGUGUUCCCGCGGAACUCGUCUGGGGCUCAGCCCGGACAGUGA